UGAGGGUAGGAAGGGAGGCUUGGGGGUGAGGGCUGGAUGGGUUUUGGAGGGUUGGGAGAGUUUGGUGGAACCAGGCAGAGCCAUGGGUUUGAAUUGUGGUUUGUUCCCCUUCUGCAGCCCAACCCCCUGGCACCAGCUCUAUUUCAGGCAAACCUGAGGAAGCUGCUGGCCUGAGUGACAGUGAAAUCCACAGGUGGUAAAAGCUCCUGGCCUGGAGCGAGAAACCCUGUCCCGACUCCCCAUGAAGACGAGUUCCCAGGCCGAGAUGCCUAAUUUGUGUGUCUGGUUUUAUUAUCCACCAGACUGCAGACACUGUUAAGUGAUUGCAGUUGUUUAAAUGUAUUCACUUUGUCUUAUUCUGUUGCAAGGGCUUCUUAGUGCUCCACAGAUGUAAGCUCUCCCCAGCAUACGUGCAAAUGACAACCACACAGAGGAAGAUGUUGUAAAGGAAAUUGUAUAUUGAUAGCACCGAUUGUGAGGGAAUGUGGGGUUUUAUGUCGCAUUGCUGAGAGGUAUUCUGCCUUCCAAUGCAGAAUUCAGCAGUGGUUACUGUUAGAAACUAGCAGAUUGGAUGGACCUGUGGGAUCUUCUAGCAAUCUUUGCUUCUGUGGAAAGAAGAUAAAAACAGUGUUUCAAGCACAGGGGAUCGCAUUGCCCUCCCAAAGUGCCAGGCAGGGGUCCACCUACACUCUGCCCCCCAAAUGCCUACUGUAGGUGCACUGGGAGAGGAGUGUUGCUGCUCCCAGCCCCCAGUGCUCGCUCUGCCUGAGCUCCAGGGCUGGGGAGUAUGGGGCUAUGUGCCCUCCUCCCUCCCCUGUGUUCUGGGGCUGAGGAGACUGGGGCUGCAUGCCCUCCUCAUUCCCCACUGUGCUGGGAGGGGCUGGGGCCUUGCUCCACCCUACUUCCCUGUAGUGCUGGGGAGUGGGACCUGGACAGAGGAGGCAAGGUUGGGGUCUCCUCCUCCAGCCCUACUUUUACCCUAUGGCUUCAAGCUACAAUAAUCACUUAAAAGAGUAGUAAUCUUUGGGUCAAAAUGAUCAAGGAAUGUAGUUAUUGGCUGGAUAACUGGAGAUUGAAUCCAUUUGGGAGUGAUAAUUGGGAGGGUCAGUGAUGAGAUGUAUUUGAGGAUAGCAAUACAAUAUUUUCUAGAUAGACUGUAGCGUACACACUUCCUGAGGGCUACAUUGUGGAGGGAGGGUGAUUCCUUACAUUAAGCUCAUCCACCUUGCAGGAUUUGGGUUACAGCUGGCCAGGAUUGUACAGCCCUUGGGCUUCUAUUGUACUUGUUUCCUCCAAGAGGAAUUCACCCAUACUGGAGUGGGAAGUAGCUGUGGCUCUGCUCCCUUUCCCCUUCCCAUCUAACAGAGGUCAGCAGAACUGAGUAGUUGGAGGAAGAUAUACUGCACUCCCUAGGAGUGUUGCAAAAUACCUUUCUCUUGGUCUAGCUGGGGACCUUCCAGAGUUCCCCUGGAUCAGUGCAUAAUCUGCUUGAAACUUGGGUGAAUUCCUACAGUGCAAAUCCCAGCUUCCUGUGACUACAUUAGCACGUUGUACCAGAUCAGCGCUAUUGCUGGUUGUCCAUCAGUUUCUGGACUUGUGCACAUUUCUGGUGCAGACAAAACCAUAGGAGAGAAAAGUUGUUGUCGUGCUGGGGGACAGAGAAGACCCCCUAAUUCCUGCUCUUAUUACAGCUGUGUCCGUAUGCAGGAAACAAAGAAGAGCUGGGCUAGACUUGCUAUAGUUGCUUGCUGAUACAAGCGAAGAGUCCAUCAUUAACAAGGAUGUUGACACCCUCCUACCACUGCAGAGCUGAUGAGAUCUCUUGCUACCAUUCUUGGAGGAAAGGGUGUGGCUCUUUUGCCCAGUUUGCCUUUCCUUUUAUAGUGAAACUCCGCUUUUGUGCAGGGAGGAAGGGACCACAAACUGUUUUCGAGGUUUACACUGUGUAGGAACUUCAUCCCAGUGCUGAUGUCAGUCUGAAUAAAUACUGCCCUCAUUUCAUUAAACUGGUAGCCUUUGCAAAACCUCAGGCUAAGGUUUUGUGCAGACCUCAAGGAUCUGAUGUUGGGAGGAGAGAGCUUGUAAAAAUGAUGGGGAUGGAGUUCCAACAGGAAAAAAUGAUGUAAUGUGGCUAAGCAAUAUACCACACAACGUGGUCAUUUUCCAUUUAAUAUGUCUGUGCUGCAUGUCCAUAAUUUCUAGGCAUUUGGUUUGUCUCAGUCUCUUUUUCCCAUCUCUCUCUCAGGCUGCUUCUUUGUCUGCCUGGCUAUUCAUAGGUCUUAUUCUUGGUUUUUAGAGGCAAAAUUCACGUCUUCUCAGCUCACACAUUUUGAUGAAGUACUUGUGGUUUACAGGCAUAAAAGAACUAUCAUGACCCUCUCACCCAUGAAAAAUGACUGGGAAAUUCUGCAUGGGUGGUAUGUUUCUUCCUCUACUGUCUUGCCUUGAAAGAGUAGCUGCCCUUUUGCAAUGUGUGGAAUCUCAGUCAAGAUGCUUUAAAGUAACUGUCUGCUGCAGUAAACAGAGUUGUGACUUCAGGGGGAACAUAUUUUCGGCUCUUUAUUUUGAAAUCAACCACUUAGCGAAAUUAACAAUUCAUAUCUGCUGGCUGCACCACCCAGAAAGUUUUGCCUUUGAAAUUAGCUCCUUUCACGGACCUGAAGUGCUUUCUUUUCUGACAGGUUUCCUACUGAGAUGUCUGAGCAGAGGCAGAGGAGUUCUGGUGUGUUACAAUAGAAGCACAGUUCUGUGCAGCCUGUUAUUCGAGUCCUGGGGAUUAAUGUUUGUUUGUGCACAGCAAAAUCAGUAGCAUGAUGAACCCCAACUUUUGCUAAAGAACAUCAACUCCUUGCUCAUGGCCUGACAGGACUGAUUUUAGGGUUGAGAGGAUAGAUCAGCCUCCAGAGCCUAUUCUAUCCUGGGCCUCCCUGCCAACUUGGGUACUACUUGUGGUGGAUGGUUUCUGUCAUGUGGACCUCUGUUCUCUAGGCACUGGACUGAGACCACUAACUUGCAUCACAAAAGUGCCAUAGUAUGGUAGCAAUUUUCAGUCACUACUCUCUACAGAUGGCUCGGGACCAGCAACCCAGAGGGGCAAGGCUCUGGGCUAAAUCCUGCCCUGGUGCUGGCCCCUUUGCCCCGCUUUCAGAGAAAAACUGUGAGAGAGUUGACCUAGGAGGGUAAUUGAGGGUAGGAUAUAGGAGCCCCUUACAGCUGUUCUUAUCAAAUGAAGAUUCCUCUACACCGAGGGAAUCCCCGGUACCUGAGGAGCACAGAGCUCUGAAAAUACAAGGAUAGCCAAGUUCUUGGACUGUAACUCAUUUGUGAGCAGUUUGUUGUGAUGCUAAAAACUCAAACUUUGUGCCUCUGAGCACCGAAGUUCCUUGCAUGGUGCGUGUCUGGUCCCUGAUGGGCUGAAUGGAAUGCUUAAAAUCAAGUUUUUGGUGCUUGCAGAAGAGAAUGAUACAUUUGCUUUUCCUAGAUUUUCUUUAUUAUUUGCUUGACUUCUCCAUUUCUGAAAACAGGCUGGUCAGCGAGCUCCUUUGCUAGAAUAUUUGUGGGCUGCAAAUGCAAAAAGGGAUAUGGGCACAGCCCAAGAGAUUUUGUUUACAAAAAUAAAAACAAUAAUCGUGCAUUGUUUUUUGCAGCAUAUGCCCUGCUGAGCAGCUACAGGGAGAGCUGGCGAGUCCAGCUGGAAAAUGGCAGAGCCCAUUGUUGGUGGGAGUUGUUUAAUGCAACAGCUCAGACGUAACGCCUUGACUUGCAGUCCUAGCGAGGGUUUGGAAAAAUCUGCUCUGUGCAACAAAGUGCACCAUACUUCAUAUCUGAGCCCAGAAGAUGAGAGAAGGAGCCAUCGAUGCAUGUCUGUGAUACUUACCAUUUGCACUGUGCCUUGCAUUGCGGAGUGCUGGAAUCCGCAACAUCCUGGGGAGAAAUUUCCUAUUACAGGUGGCAGCCAAAUCGGUGGGACCCUAUUGCUUAUCAGACAACUGAAGAAUAUUCCAGUGUGCCUUUCACCUAAACACCUCAAGCACUUUACACACACUAAUGAAAUAAGCCUCACCACACAGUCAGAUUCACUGUUUUUAUAGGGUCAGCUUCCCCCCGAAGAACUAGAAGAUGAGUUUUUGGAGGUGGCUUGCUUUCCCUCAGAGGGUGUUGCUGUACCUGGCUCUCCAAACAACUGCUGCUCAGCUCUCCCCUGAACCCAACUGCACCAGCAAUGGCCAGAAAAUAUCCUUCAGCCACUCCUACAAGAUCGACCUGCCCAAAUCAUCUCAGCUCCAGGUGGAGGCGGACCCUCUGCCGCUCAAAGACGACAGUCAUGUGCUGCUUGCAGCUGGGGGUGCUGCUGAGGAGGAGGAGCAGAAUAUCAUAUUCAGGCACAACAUCCGGGUUCAGACGCCAAGAGGCGACUGUGAAGCUUUGGGACACAUCAGAGACCUGCUGGGAAGGGUGGAAAAGAUGGAGAAGGAAAUGCUGGAGCUCAAGGAGGCCUGCAGUACACAGAGGUGCUGUGGGGGAGCUCCAGGAGUCUCGAAUUGCAGUGGCCACGGGACUUUCAUCCAAGAGAUCUGUGGCUGUGACUGUGAGGAAGGCUGGGAGGGCAGCGAUUGCUCCCGUCCCCACUGUCCCAACAACUGCCAUGGUCACGGCCGCUGCGUGGAUGGCAGGUGCCUCUGCAGCGAUCCCUACGUGGGUGAGGACUGCGGCCAGCGGCUGUGCCCAGCCAACUGCAGCAGCAGCGGGGUCUGCAGCAAUGGCGUGUGCCAGUGUUACGAGGAGUUCAUCGCAGAGGACUGCAGCGAGAAGAGAUGCCCCAACGACUGCAGCGGCAACGGCUUCUGUGACAGCGGCGAGUGCUACUGCCAUGACGGCUUCAUUGGGCUUGACUGCUCCCAAGUGGUUACUUCUCAGAACGUGCAGCUGCUAAAGACCACAGAAGAUUCUUUGACCUUCAGCUGGGAUGAGGUGCCCAACGUGGAUUAUUACCUCCUCAGCUAUUAUCCGAUAGGGCAUGAGGCCUCUGCAGUACAAGUCCGAGUGCCCAAAGGACAGCUGAGCUAUGAGAUCCCGGGCCUUCGCCCUAGCACAAAGUAUCAGGUCGCACUUCGCAAUGUGAAGAAGGGGAUUUCCAGUAACGCUGAACACCUACAAGCAAGGACAGCUCUAUCCGCAGUUAGCGCUGCCUGGGUGACAGAGGAGAUGGAGGACUCGCUGGAAGUGGAGUGGGAGAACCCCCCAACAGAGCCGGACUAUUUCAAGCUGAGAUACAGCUCACUGCGUGGACAGGAGAAGGAGGUGGUGGUGCCUAAUAGCAAUGACCCCAAGAGCAGAUACAUCAUCAGCGGCCUGAAGCCGGGCACAGAGUACAAUGUCACUGUCGUGUCCGUGAAGGAUGAGAUAGAAGGAAAACCAUCUACAGUGACUGGCCAGACGGGAAUAGACAGCCCAACUAACCUGGAGACUGACAGAGUGACCGAAGACAUAGCCACCAUCUCCUGGAACAGAGUUCUGGCUCCCAUAGACCGAUACAUGGUGAGCUACACCUCAGCUGAUGGGGACACCAGAGAGACAGCCGUGGGGAAAGACCAGAGCUCCACCACAUUGACGGGUCUCAAGCCGGGCAUGGAGUACGUCAUCCACAUCUGGGCUGAGAAGGGAGGCCAGCAGAGCAGGAGGGCAAACACCAAAGCUGUGACAGAAAUGGACAGCCCAACUAAACUGGAGACUGACGGAGUGACUGAAGACACAGCCACCAUCUCCUGGAACAGGGUCCUGGCUCCCAUAGACCGAUACAUGGUGAGCUACACCUCAGCUGAUGGGAACACCAGAGAGACAGCCGUGGGGAAAGACCAGAGCUCCACCACAUUGACGGGCCUGAAGUCAGGCAUGGAGUAUGUCAUCCACAUCUGGGCUGAGAAAGGAGGCCAGCAGAGCAAGAGGGCAAACACCAAAGCUGUGACAGCCAUUGACAGCCCAACUAACCUGGUGACUGACCAAGUGACAGAGGACACAGCCACCAUCUCCUGGAAGAGGGUCCAGGCUCCCAUAGACAGAUACAUGGUGAGGUACAUCUCAACUGAUGGGAACACCAGGGAGACAGCCGUGGGGAAAGACCAGAGCUCCACCACCCUGACAGGCCUGAAGCCGGGCAUGGAGUACAUCAUCCACAUCUGGGCGGAGAAGGGAGGCCAGCAGAGCAAGAGGGCAAACACCAAAGCUGUGACAGACAUCGACAGCCCAACUAACCUGGUGACUGACGGAGUGACAGAGGACAAAGCCACCAUCUCCUGGAAGAGGGUCCAGGCUCCCAUAGACAGAUACGUGGUGAGCUACACCUCAGUUGAUGGGGACACCAGAGAGACGGCGGUGGGGAAAGACAAAAGCAUCACCACCCUGACGGGCCUGAAGCCAGGCAUGGAGUACGUCAUCUACAUCUGGGCUGAGAAGAGAGGCCAGCAGAGCAGGCGAGCAAACACGAAAGCUGUGACAGAAAUUGACCCUCCCAAGAACCUCCGUGUAUCGGAUGUGACGCAGUCCAGUGGCAUUGUUACUUGGAUGCCACCUGCAGCACAAAUCAAUGGCUACACACUGACCUACCAGGCUCCAAAUGGCACCAGCAAGGAAGUGCACCUGGGCCCCAAUGAGCAAAGAUUCACAUUGGAAGGUCUGGAACAAGGAGUGAGGUACACAGUCUAUGUGAUGGCCUUUAAGGGAGACCGCCGGAGCAGGAAGGCAGCCAGCAUCUUCUCAACGGUUGGCUUACUCUACCCCUACCCUGCGGACUGCAGCCAGACCCAGCAAAACGGGAACGCUGCCAGCGGCAUGUACACCAUCUACCUGAAUGGGGAUGCUGGCAGGCCCCUGCAGGUGUUCUGCGACAUGGCCACCGAUGGAGGCGGUUGGAUAGUGUUUCAGAGGCGGAACACCGGACAGCUAGAUUUCUACAAGCGCUGGAGGAAUUAUGUCGAAGGCUUUGGAGACCCCCUGGAGGAAUUCUGGCUUGGUCUUGACAAGCUGCACAACCUCACUAGUAGCACUCCCGUUCGGUAUGAGAUCCGGGUGGAUUUGCGGACUUCCAAUGACUCCGCCUACGCCGUCUAUGACUCCUUCCAGGUGGCUUCGAGCAGGGAUAAGUACAAGCUUUCGGUGGGGAAUUACCGUGGCACUGCCGGGGAUGCACUGACGUACCACAAUGGCUGGAAAUUCACCACCUGGGACAGGGACAAUGAUGUGGCUCUCAGCAACUGCGCAAGGUCGCACCAUGGCGCCUGGUGGUACAAAAACUGUCACUUAGCUAACCUCAAUGGCAAAUACGGAGAAAACAAACACAGUGAGGGGGUCAACUGGGCACCGUGGAAAGGCCAUUUGUUCUCCAUCCCUUACACUGAAAUGAAGAUCCGUCCUCAAUCAUACAGCAGCGAACCGAUCCUGGGGAGGAAAAAGAGGUCUCCGGCAGGGAAGAGGAAGAAGAUCAGGGCCUAAAAUGGCCUUAAAGCAGGGCCAAGCCUGCCAACGCCCGACAAAGGAAUUCUAUUGUUUUGUAACAAAGUGGACCGCUUGUUCCAAUACUUGUGUAGCUAAUGCCCAGCCUGCUUCAGUCCCUGCUCAGAGCCCAGGCUGGGUUGACAGCCCACCCCGCUUCAGCAUUUGGAGGCUAUCGACAAAAAUCACCAGUCUGGGAGCAGCCGCAGACUGAUGGGGAAUAUUAGUGUUUAUAGCUAUUCCUGAUUGGCUGCCCUUGACAAGGACUUGACUGGUCCAGUGCAGACAGGUGACCUAUUUUUCCUGACUAUUACAAACCUGACAAGCAAGCUUUAACUCAGGCUGCUGCUUGCCACCACCCAAGCUGCUUAUCACCAUAUAUGCAAAUGCCCUUCACUGCAAGUUAUUGCUACUAGCUACAACUAUAACCUCUCAUGCCUUGGGGCAUUCUCAAGGUAAAAUGCAGCAAGUUAAAAUACAACCCUUAUCUAUGUUGGAAAUAACCCUGUGGGUUUAUAUUUGUGGAAGUCUAGUUUACUUCUAUUUCUGCUGCUUCACCCCGUCCCCCAGUUUCUGGCAUGGCUGACGAAAAAAGACCAUUGCAUUUCAUCAAUAAUCAGCCUCUAGCCACUUUCUCUUUCAGACCCUCAUGCGCUAGCAUGUGUCACGGUGUUGGGGUUGCAUACACUCUGAGGCAAGAUUAGGUUUUCACACGCUUCUUUUGGAAUUUUAAAACAACAUGGGAUCGUUUCACCUAGUUUUAGGCUUUUGUAUAAGCUGCUUUUUAUAAAAACAUACAUUUUCUCUCUAAAUUAAAGUUGUCACUUUAAAGCCCCUGA